AUGGGAGACUGUUUGUCCAGUGACGGGAGGGCGAGGAUCUGGGCCUGGAUGUUGUCUAUACCCUAUAGUGCAUCUGAGGAUGGACCCGUGGGUCCCAGAGACAGGGAGGCUGAAAUUCUUCCAAACAACCCUAAAGGAGACAUGGUAACAUGUGAGCAUGACCGUGCCUGUGGUAAGGGCUUUUCUUGCGACCGUCAUUUUGGCCUGUGUGUGCCUCUGAGGCAGGAGGGGCAAUACUGCAGACGGGAUGCUCAAUGUGUACGCGGGCUCAGCUGCAUGUUUGGCAGGUGCAUCAGAAGCAUUCCAGAUGGUCAGGAAGGGGCUCGGUGUAAACUCGACAGAGAAUGUGGUGAAUCUAUGUGCUGUGCUCGUCAUCACGGUGAAAGAGUGUGUAAGCAGAGACUAGUCUUGGGUGAGAGCUGCUUCGUGCCUGAUGGUGGAUUGGCAUUUAGCAUCAACCAGAUCUGCCCGUGUGAUGAAGGACUGCUGUGCCGUGGUCACGGAGAACCGAUGAAAAGAGAGAGAGAAUUUGUAUAUCACCCAGAAUCCACAAGCUGGGCUUGUCAAGCUCCUAAACAAUGAAGACUUGUUUAAUAUAUUAUGUGCUGUG